UUUUGUAGUAUUAUUUAAGAACAUUAUUCUUAUUUUUUUAAUGUGAAUGGAGUAAGAAAUAAAACACAAUUUAAAAAUGAGUUUCAUAACAACGGAACCUAAAGCCUCUUCGGGGUCAGAGAAAAAUUCCAAUGAAAAGGAUACCAAUGAAGACUUGGAGGUUGACAACUCACAAAGCGUGUUGCUCAAGAUAGCGACACACGCUGAGCAGCUGAUGAGUGACCUCACCUUGGAAGUGGCUGGGGUGGGGUAUCCAGCCCAUAGACUCAUACUAUGUGCCAGCAGUGAGGUGUUUCAGGUAAUGUUAAUGAACAGAGAGUGGAGUGAGUGGCGCGAGAGUCGGAUUGUACUCCAGGAGACGCCCACAGCAGCUUCGGUUUUUCCACAUUUUCUAAAGUAUUUUUAUACAGGCCAGAUAAGGAUAUCAUAUCACACUGUGCUUCCCGUGUUAUCACUUGCUGAUAAAUAUAAUGUUAAGGAUCUGGUAUCAUUAUGCCUGAGUUACAUGUCGCAACACAUCGCGCACGCGGCCAAGCGCGGGCAGCUCAUCGCCUGGAUGCAGUACACAAUGGCAUGCGGACACAAUGAGGUCGCCAAGGCGUGCCAGAACUUUGUGAAGUGGAACCUGGAGUGGGUGUGGUCGGACAGCACCGGCGCGGAGACGGAGCUGGGCGAGCUGGAGGGAGACUUUCUCGUGGCGCUGCUGCAGCAGAGCGACCUCGUGCUGCACAACGAGAUGAGUCUCUACCAGUUCGUGGUCCGGUGGCUGAACAAGCAGCGCGAGAAGUUGGACGCGAGCGAUCUCAGCGAGGCCGAGAAGAAAUCGCAUUGGGAGUCACUCGUCGCAGCUGUCUUCUCGCAUAUUAGGUUUCCAAUGAUGUGUCCCAAACAACUUGCCAAGUUGCUGCUGUGCCCGCUGAUACAGGAGCACAAAGAGUUCUUCAUGGAGAGGAUGGCGAUCGCCAUGAGCUACCAGUCAGGUCAAUACGAGCGCGUAGCAGAGGUCCAGCAAACAGAAGCCGGGCGCAUGCUGUUCACGCCGCGCCUCUACACCGAAGACACGUGGGGUUCAGUGCUUGCAGUGGACAAUUUCCACUCCCUCCCAUGCUACCACACGAGGACCUUCAUAUUCUCCACCAGGCCGUCGAUAGCGGACGUGUCGCCGCAGGAGAAACUCCUCGAGUGGACGGUGGAUUUGUAUCCGAAGGGAGUGUGGUUUAGGAAGAGUUUGUUGAUCGUGUGGGCCGGGACUUAUGAUGUGCCGGAGGUGGUGUUGCGAACAGUUCGAAUCUCCAUCACGUGUCAGAACAGCCCCGAGCACACCGUCAGUCCGUACGGGCUGAUCCACCAGCUGGAGCCCGACGUCAGGGUCAAGAUCGGUAUCUUAGUGUGGGGCGUGCAGAAGGGCGUGGAACAUGUCUCCUCGGUGGUGGAGCGCGUUCAUCGAUUCUCAGCUCAGAAUAGGAUGCUGAACAUCGACGGCGCCUUAGACUUCGACUCGUUGAACACGCCGCUGUACUCGCCCGCCGCCGCGCCACACGCCGCCGCCACGCAUCCCGCCUCCGCCACGCAUCCCGCACACGCCACCCCCGCGGGACUCAACCACAAAAGGUGUUCAAAAUGCACAGAAAGCUGUGAUUUCCCCGAACCAAAGCACCUGCUGGGACCCAACCGAGAUCAGCUGCGGAUACAAGUGGUGAUAGUCCCUCUGACCGACUACUGUCACGUGAGCGCAGUGGAAUGUGCACAUGUAUGACGUCCCGCGCCUCGCCGCGGCCACGCCAGGGGCUGGCCCCCCGUGCGAGUCCCGUAAUCUUCGGGAUCUGCUCUAAGGGCCUAGAGACCCCCCAUGAGUUAUGUGCUUGAUUGACCGAGAUUCGAUUUUGUUUUGCAUUAAGGGUAAAGGUGUUGCUGUAAUAGUUACCGAAAUAUUUAAUGCAAGGCCCUGGGUUUGAAGGUGUGUGGGACAUUAGGCUGAAACUAAUUGCCAAUCGGGUUAGUGCUGUAUUCUCGUUUGACAAUAUCGACUGGUGUUUACAAGGUUCUUUUUAUUUGCAGGCAGUGUUUAUUACUUAGCGUGUUUGUGUCGUCAUACGUAUAAAAUUACUUUCAAAAUCUACACAUAGUGACGGCUUUAGCUAGGCCCCGAGCGGGGGCAAAAAAAAUCCCGAUAUCAAAAAUGUUAAGAGCUUAGAUGCUUUGUUGGGUAACAUGGUGGCGGCUUUAAAAAAAGAUCCUCAGCCGAGUCGGGCGAAGCCUGGGGCGUUGCCCUGUUUGCUCCCCUCUCCAACUCCUUAAGGCCGCCCCUGUGUCUCCACAUUCACUUUUAUCGAUAAACAAACAACUGAUUUUGUCUAUGUAUAUGCAUAGUUCUCAAAACUAAAUGGAACUUCGUAAAUGCCGGUCGAUCAUCAAAAUAUUGAAGGCUAUGGUGAAGUGAACUGUUUUAUCGACUGUAAAUCCACUUGUUAUCGAGUUAAUACUGUUUGUACAGAAUUUUAUCUUGUAAAAUAAAAACGUUGUUGUCGUGAAUAAAAUAUCGAUGUCUCAUAAUUUCGCUUUUUGGGGUCAAUAUUACUGAUUUGAAUAUUUUAUUAAGAACCUUCCUUGGGCUAGGUAACGAUCAACUCCAAAUGUAAAAUAAUCAUAAAAUAUAAAAUUCAAUCAUAUUUUAAAUAUUCAUUGCUGUCUUUUUCGUAAUUUAGACACUUUUUAAUAUGUUUCUAAAAUAUUGUACAAAUUCCACAAGUACCCUAAUAUUGAUACUUCCUUUGCUACAUAAGUAUUGUAUUAACAAGUGUACAAAUCUAUGCUCACAUUUAUUUAAAGCGUCUGUUGCUUCCUAAGUGGUUGAAUUGUAAAUUAAUUGUUAAUAACGUUAAAUAUGGGUGGAUAGGAACAAAGCAUUUCUAAUAAACAAAAUAUAGAAAGUAUUCAAAACAUUCAGAUCUUAGAGAUAAUUUACAGAUUUAUUUAAUGUUACUAAAUUUUGGUGUUAAAUAUUGAAUGCACAUUGCCAAGCUGUAGGUCAAUUAGCCAUUCACAGAACCCACACCAAUGCAAUAUUAUAUACAGUAUGUUUCAAUAAUCAUAUAAUUGAAGAAACCGAUACAUAGAUGUCAAGUAUUUGACAUUGUUGACGCAUAAAAAAUGCUUCGUUAUGGCGACUGACAAAUCUUCAAUCACAGACUACACGUGUAGCUCGUGAAUAUGUGACGCGCUAGCUUUCGGUAAUGGAGAUAUCGCACCUUUAGAAUUACUAUGACCCAAGUGCAUAAAAUCACAUUGGUUGUGUCUCUCAUAUGUGAGAGUCCACGUGGGUAGGUACCACCGCAAUGUCUAUUUCUCCCGCCAUGCAGCGGUGUGUAGUCAUUGUUGUGUUCCGAUUUGAGGGACAUUGUAGUCAGUGUAAUUACUGAACAUAAUAAGACUUAACAUCUCGUGUCUUAGGAUGGCGAUCGCAGUGUAAUACCAAGCAAUGCUUUGUAAUUCAAGGUGUUGGGUGGUGUUUCUGCUGUUUAUGGGCGGUCUUAUCGCUUAUCAUCAGGCGAACGGUAAGCACGUCUCGUCAUUUAAAGCAAUACGAAACCAUUAAAUUGACUUUAUAAUUCAGAAUUAAAAAGUGUCGAAACUAUUGCAACAUCGACUUUUGGUAAUUACACAAAAUUAUAAUUCUAAAGGUGCGAUAUGUUUAAAGCAUUUUGAACGUCAGAAUUCGUAAUCUUUAGGUAGUUCUGACAACUGAGCCAAUUUGUUUAAUUUUGUAAAGAAAUUUCAUUUAUGUGCAAAUGCUUAGUUGCCAUCUUCACCAUUAAUGUAGAUACUUAUUGCACUCUAUCUGAAUGAUGGUGAGACUAAUUAUUGUAUAUUUGAAUUUAUAAUAUUCCCUUCAUCCGAUGGAGACAAACACGGUAUUUGGUCAUUUUCCUUUGUUACCAAAUUCGAACGUUCGGAAACUUUGUAUGAUAACUUCAAAAAAUAUUAGUAACCAUUUAGUAAAAUCAGUGUACCCUAUUGUUAUUUUGGUAUAAAAUCGAUAUUUUGUCACAGCUGUUUGGUUUCUGUUGUAAUAGAGUUAAAAAGUAUAUAUUAAUUUGACACCUAAGGCCUUCAAAUUUACAAAUGUAUGUGCAAUAAAUUGUUUUAGCCGAGUGCUGCCUGUUGCAGUGUUUUGACUUUUAAAUGUUAUUAUUGGUCUUGAAUAAAAAACAAAGAGAAA